AUGAGCUUGAUCCCUGCUCCUGACUGUCUGUCUGUCUAUGUUCCGCUGCUGACGGCGUCGCUGGCUUUUCCGGUUUUGUGUGUGAUCAGCUUCUUGCUGCUCAGUCUUGUUCUUGCUCGACUGUAUAUCAAAAUUCGACGCCGGAGACUACCUUCUACUACUUCACGACUUGAUUCGGAUUCCUGGCGCUAUUUAUCCACUAUGGAAAAGAGCGAUGGCUUUUUCUCCACUGCGCUGCCAGCCUCUGCGUGUGAUAUCCUCCGCCCUCUGUCGCAGUCGGGUCCUUUUCCGAGCAGUGGCGCCCUUGCUGCACAGGCUCGAGAGCAGAAGAGUGUGAGCUCGAACUUUGGGAUGGAUGACAUCGCUUCUUCCGGGCCGGCAUCACCUGAAACGAUGGGAAUGGCGCGAAAGUGCAAUGAGUCGGUUCAGCAGAUGCGCGAGGAGGAUUCUGAAGGUGUGCGGACUUGGAAGCGGGUGGUUAUCGAGUACAAUUAG